AUGGAAGCAACCAUCAAAGUGGUACUGCUAGGAGAUUCAUCAGUGGGGAAAACCAGUAUAGUGACUAGGCUCAAAUCAGGUAAGUUUCUAGCAAAACAUGCGGCUACGAUAGGUGCGGCGUUCAUCACCAAGACAAUCGAGGUUCCUUCUAACGACUCCUCUACGGAGAAACGUAUCCAUAUGGAGAUAUGGGACACGGCGGGUCAGGAACGGUAUAAAUCACUGGUGCCAAUGUAUUAUCGAGAUGCGAAUAUUGCUUUGAUUGUAUUCGAAUUGGGAGACGUAUCCAGUCUGCAAUGUGCAAAGACAUGGUUUCAAGAUUUACAGGACCGUGCUCAGGGAACGCAGGUAAUUAUCGUGGGCAAUAAGUACGAUUUAGUCUGCGAAGAGCAUUCAGGGGAAGUGACUAUACCGGCGGAGUUACAGGGUCUGCCGUAUGUGGCCGUAAGUGCAAAGACAGGGUACAAUUUCGAUACAUUGAAUAAAAUAAUAAUCAGUUUGGUUCCCGAAAGUCAAUUCAAGACAUUGUCAAAGAACAAUGAACAGGGAAAUAUACUGGAAAUAAAUAAAAAAAAAAGCGGCAGUGGCUGUAUAUGUUAA